AUGGAUGGUUCCUUUGAACAAACACAUCAAAGGUAUCAAGAUACAUUAAACAAAGCUUUAUCAGAAUUCAAAUCAUUAUUAUCUUCAAAUCAAUCAAAUCAAUGGAAACCAAUCCCACCUACUGCAACCCAAGUAAAUCCACAUACUCCAUUUUUAGAUUCGAAACCAAACCCACGUGAAUUAUUAAAUGGAAUCGUUUUGAAUCCUCCUAAGCUUAGAGGGAUGUGGGAUAAUUUAGUUGAUAAAGCUCAAGGUAUUGAAGUCUUCGAUUCCAAUACUAGGAUUGUGAAAACCGAUUUUAGAUUAGGUUGGCUUGAAAAUCCAAGAGAUUCGAUUACAAUUACCAAAACGUUUCAUGAAUUUAAUACGAUUAUCGAUACUUCAACUUCUUUACUUCCUUCAGUAGAUGAACCAGUUUACUUAAGCCCAACUAGGGAGAGGUGA